CGGGUGUUGCAUACCCAUGUACAGGCUUCGUGAAAUACGUGGAACCGAAACACUAUAAAACCUGAAACAUUUACAACGAUUGCACACAUAUCUAACGGAUCAGCACGCGAUCUAGCCUUGUAUUAUUUAAAAGCAGAGGAAUAUUUAACAGAGAACAAAAAUGGGUUUGUUAUUGGCUAAACUCGCUGAUGUGAUGCAAAGUUUCUCAAGUGGAACCACCACCCGGAUUCUGAUGCUGGGAUUAGAUGCGGCAGGAAAAACUACGGUCCUGUACAAGAUCAAAUUAAACGAGAAUGUAUGUACCAUCCCGACGAUCGGAUUUAACGUAGAGGAGGUGUCCCCGUGUAAGGGUGUAUCCUUCACUGUGUGGGACGUCGGCGGUCAGGAGAAAAUCCGGGCUCUCUGGAGACACUAUUUCCAAAACACGGAAGGUAAGCUGUCUUUAUGGUAUAUAUAUGGAGCAGAGAAUAUAGAUUUUUUUGUUUGAUUGAUUUUUGUUUUU